CCAAUCAGCGCGGCGCGUUUCGUGGCCCGAGCGCAAAGGGACCGCGCGGCGGUGUCGGCGGCGGCGGCGUCCAUGAUGAUCCUCGGCGUAGCGCAGCGCUGAGGCGGCCGGGGGCUGGCGGCGGCGGAGACAGCGAGCAGAGGCGACUGAGACACGGAGGCUUAGUGAAGAAGACGUCGUCUCAGCAGCAGCGGCGGCAGCAGCAGCGGCAGCAGCGGCAGCAGCAGCGGCGGCUGCGGCAGCCCCCGGGCGAGCCACCAUCGAGCGGCGCGCCCGCGCGCAGCACCACGGGGCCGCUCGGCUGGACCCGCUCGCUCGCCGGCCGGCCGGCCGCCGCCGCCGCCGCCGCCCUUGCCCCGGUGCCAGCGAAGGCGGUGUCCAAUGUUCCAUCUCCCCGUGCUCAGCUUCAGCCCGCAGCAGGUGGCGAGCGUCUGCGAGACGCUGGAGGAGAGCGGCGACGUGGAGCGCCUCGCCCGCUUCCUCUGGUCGUUGCCCGUGGCGCCGGGCGCCUGGGAGACGCUCAACAAGAACGAGGCCGUGCUGCGUGCCCGCGCCGUCGUCGCGUUCCACGCGGGCAACUACCGCGACCUGUACGCCAUCCUGGAGGGCCACCGCUUCUCCAAGGCGUCGCACGCCAAGCUGCAGGCCAUGUGGCUCGAGGCGCGUUACCAGGAGGCCGAGAGGCUCCGGGGCCGCCCGCUGGGGCCCGUAGACAAGUACCGCGUGCGUAAGAAGUUCCCGCUGCCGCCCACGAUCUGGGACGGGGAGCCCAAGACGCACUGCUUCAAGGAGCGCACGCGCCGAGUGCUGCGGGAGUGGUACCUGCAGGACCCGUACCCGAACCCGGCCAAGAAGCGGGAGCUGGCCCAGGCCACGGGACUCACCCCGACGCAGGUCGGCAACUGGUUCAAGAACCGUCGGCAGAGGGACCGCGCCGCCGCCGCCAAGAACAGGCUCCAUCAGCCGUCGCUCUCUCCCGGAGCCGUGGGGUUGCGGGAGGAUGAAGAAGAUGACGACGACGAUGACGACGACGAAGAGGACGACGACGAAGAGGAGGAGGAGGCGGGUGCGGGACCCGGGCGAGGCCUGCGGAGCUCCUCGGGAGCCGCCGCCGGCAGCCCCGGGGCCGCGAGCCUCUCGAGCCUCGGGGAACCGCCGGCGCACCCCGCGUCCAGCGACGGUUCCGACUCCGAGGCGUGAGCCAGCGGGGAGUGGCGGCGGGGGGGGGGAGGAGGAAGGAGGCGAUGCUGAUGGUUAUGAUAAUGAGGCGAGAAGGAGAGGAGGAGGAAGUUGGGACGAGGGGGAGCAGGAGGAGACGACCACGAGGGAGCGACGAGGAGGAGGAAGAGGACGAGGCGAUGUCUUCGCUUGCCCCACCCUUCACCAAAUCCUCGUGAUCAUCGCUAGUAGAUAAUGAUGAUGAUGACGAUGAGCGUGGUUCCUGAAACAGUUUUGCUCGCGCGUGCGUCGCGCGCGUGGCACCGAUCGAUGUCAUCGCGUCUCCCACCCACCUAACACAUACAGUAUAUACUUACAGUCUAUACAGUGUCCGUGUAUAUACAUCUACCACGACCCAAAAAGUAGAGCAAAACGGGGCUUCACCUCGCGGUAGUUUCGUCAAAAUGAGCACUUAGCAGCGUCUGCUGGUACUGAAGUGAAGUGUCUGUAAUGACCACCACCACUAUCACAAGCAACACCAUCAUCACCACCACCCUUAUCAUCAUCAUCACCACC